CUAAGGCACGCGCAACUCCGAUCAUCUCGAAAAAGUUCCGUCCGGCAUCAAAGCGAACUUGGUUGGAAAAGCAGCGCAAGGGAAUCCCUCUUGUUUUCUCGACCGGAGGGAUCCGACUACACCCAACAAUGCUUCAGCCAAGAUUACGGGCACCCUUCCGGGUGCUCGAGCGAGCAUUCGCACCCUCGCUCUUGUCCUCCUCUUCGCUUCAAUCUUCACAAUCUUUCCUGUCACGGACGACCUCGGCUUCUCCAUCAUCCAUCCUCAAGCCGACUUCCUCUCUUCCUUUUCUCCCUCUCUCUAUUUUCCGAAAUGCCUCGCACGCGACGCAGGGUCGUGCAAACGCCAAAGCUCGCGAUCCCGCUGGAAAACGUCUCGGCGCGAAGAAGGCCGGUGAACAAUAUGUGAUUCCGGGAAACAUCAUCUUUCGACAGCGUGGUACGAAAUGGUUCCCCGGCGAGAACUGUGCGAUGGGACGAGACCACACGAUCUAUGCGACGGAGGCCGGUUAUGUGAAAUACUACCUCGAUCCGGAGCGGCAUCCGAAACGGAAGUACAUUGGUGUUUCGUUUGAGAGAGAUGGAAUUCUGCCAACACCGCGAAACGCUCCGACGAAGAGACGGUUGAAUAUGGUUGUGGCUCCCCGAGUGGAGGUCUCCGAGAUGGCUGUCGAGUCUGACCUGGUUACCGUUCAAGACGGUACGAUGGUUGCCCAUGUUGAUGCUACCGAGAGAGCCAAUCUGCCUGCUGCGAAGACGGAGCUGCAGCUGCGUCCAGGUUACAUGUACCGUGAGGCCAAUUGGCAGAUCGGUCGUGCUGCUGAGAAAGCUGGUAUUACUGCUAAGGAAUUCGACCGCAAGAACCGCUGGAUGGCGUGGAGAAAGAGAAAGGCUAGGGCUGAGCGUGCUGCUCAGAUGAAGAGCUUGAAGAACAAGAAGAAGACCUCCAAGAAAGGCAAAGGCGGUCGUUAAUUACUCUUCUUGAACAUGUCCUUUUAUGUACCCGGCGAUAUGGGAUGUCUUCAGGUGUUGUGAUCUAUGUAUUAUAGAAAGAAAUCGGGCAAAUUAUGAAAACUCUUUACUGUUCUCAUUGUGAUUAUUCGACUUCUUUGACCAAUUCGAACUUCAUAUUCAGCCAUAG